AUGGCGGACAAUUUUCUCUUAGCUCAAGAGUUGUUGAGUGAUAUUAAGAAACCCAACCGGGGAGGGAAUGUGUUGCUCAAGUUGGAUAUGAUGAAGGCCUACGACAGGGGGUUUUUCAAGUCCACCCGCGGAUUGCGCCAGGGAGAUCCGAUUUCGCCGGCUUUGUUUGUCAUUGGGGCAGAGUUGGUCAAGAUGGUAGUCGAUGGGUAUUGUUCGCUGUCGGGCCAGCAGGUUAACUGUCAGGAGAGUUGUUUUUUAGUGCACCCCAAGUUGCCUCCGCAACGCCGAGAAAUGAUCGGAUCGGUUACGGGCUUCUUGCACAAGUCGUUUCCAAUCAAAUACCUUGGAUGUCCUUUAUAUAUUGGAAGGAGAAGAGUGCAUUGUUUCGCGGAUAUCUGCAAUGCUGUAACGGCUAGAAUCUUUUCAUGGAAAAAUCGAGUCCUAUCGUCUGGGGGCAAACUGGUAUUGUUAAGAAGCGUGCUGUCCUCAAUGCCGAUCCAUUUGUUAGCAGCAGCAUCAUCACCAAAGGGAGUGUUUGCGUCUCUCGAAAAGGUGAUGGCUGACUUUUUGUGGGGUUCAUCGGAGGUUGGCCCUAGGUUUCAGUGGAUAAGUUGGGGGGAGUUAUGCCGGCCUCCGGAAGCAGGUGGGGUCGGAAUUCGUAGUAUUGCUAAGGUGUAUGAUGCAUUCUCCAUUAAGCUUUGA